UGUUGUGGCUCUUCCUGGCUGUGUCGGGGGCGGGACCGGCGUUUCGGCGGCGGGGGCCGGCCCUGUCCGCGGCCGCAGCCCCUCCCCGGGGCGGGCGGGAGCGGAGCGGAGCGCGGUGCCCCGCAGAGCGGGCGGGAGGGAUGUGCGGCCGCACCGCCUGCUCGCUGGCCGCCGACAACCUGCGCCGGGCCUGCGCCUACCGCGACCGUCGGGGCCGGCAGCGGCAGCCCGAGUGGGUGCGGCAGGAGCGCUACCAGCCCUCCUACAACAAGGGCCCGCAGUCCAGCGGCCCCGUGCUGCUCUCCCGCCGCCACCUCCAGCAGGAUGCUGACUCCUCCGAGCGGGUGCUCAUGGACAUGCGCUGGGGCCUGGUGCCCUCCUGGUUCAAGCAGGACAACCCCUCCAAACUGCAGUUCAACACCUCCAACUGCCGCAGCGAUACCAUGCUGAGCAAGUCCUCCUACAAGGGUGCUCUCCUCAAGGGCAAGCGCUGCGUGGUCCUGGCCGAUGGCUUCUACGAGUGGCAGCAGCAGAGUGGGGGGAAGCAGCCCUAUUUCAUUUACUUCCCCCAGAGCAAGGAUGCCACGGACAAGGAGACAGAGGGAGAUGAAGAAUGGAAAGGAUGGAGGUUGCUUACUAUGGCUGGGAUUUUCGACUGCUGGGAGCCACCAGGAGGAGGAGAAAUGCUGUACACUUACACCAUCAUCACCGUGGAUGCUUCCAAGGAUGUGAGCUUCAUCCAUCACAGGAUGCCAGCCAUCCUGGAUGGGGAUGAGGCCAUCAGGAAAUGGCUGGACUUUGCUGAAGUGCCGACCCAAGAAGCUGUUAAACUCAUCCAGCCCACAGAGAACAUUGUUUUCCACCCAGUGUCCACCUUUGUCAACAACAUCCGCAACAACACGCCCGAGUGUGUUGCAGCCAUCGAGCUGGGAGCCAAGAAGGAGGUGAAAGCCACCCCAAGCAACAAAGGGAUGCUGGGCUGGUUAAAAAAAUCCCAAGAGAGCUCUCCCCAGAAGAAAGAAAACGAUUUGCCCAAGUGGACAAGUCAGUUCAUCCAGAGCCCUUCGCCCAAGAAAACCAGCGCAGAUGUCCUGCAGCAGUGGCUGGGGAAGCAGGGACAGCCACCUGCGAAGAAGCACAAGGCUUAGGCACCAGCUGAGAUGGCUGAUCAUCUCUUUUACCCCUGAUUUCCUAAGCACAGUGAGAAAUGGUAUUUUUGGAAGGCUUUGCAGACUGGUGUUGAAAUCAACAAUUGUUGUUCUGCUGCUCUAGGUUGUUAUCUGUGUUCUUUGUGUUUUGUUAAAGGUUGAUGUCUGUAAAGAUUUUAGCUUUGUCUUGUGCUGAUGGGAGUGAAUAUAACCUGUUGUGGCCUCUCUCCCUGCCAGUCAUUCAGGGAGGCAAGCUCUGAGGGCCCUGAAAACAUCUCAGCCUGCUGGGGAGGCACUCUAGCUCCUGACAAUGUUCAUAGUUCAUGUCUCUUUCUGUUUGCUUUUCUCUUCCCUUUUUUUUGGUGUUAAAUUUAUACCUCUUCUCCACUUAAUUCCACACUGAUUCUGUAAAAAUUCCUCUUCAAUGCUCUUGCCCUCAAAAGCUGGCUGCAGCGCUGAGGAACAAGCAGUGAAUAUUAUGAGGAAGCUCCAGGCUGGGAAGAUCUGCACCAGCAUUGCUAUGUGCAUUCAUGGCUCCUGAACAGGGAGAUGUUCAAGUGGCACAGGGAGGAACUGGACCUGGUUUAGGUUUCCCUGCUGUGGAACCAGUGUGUCUGUCACGUUGUUUGUACAAUCAUUUUGUUAAUGGGAUUUGAAGACUUAGAGAGGAUUUCCUUGAUCUGGGGAGGGAUGCACUCUGCCUUAUUUGAAAAGGCCAGUCAUUAAAGCCCAGAUAACCUAAGUGCCAUUACAGAACAGCAUCGGGCCGUUGUUUUUGAGGUCAGGGAUUUUGUAAACAGAGCCAGAUGUUACAGACCAAAAGCCUUACACACACUGAAAUCCUUGCUAGAAAUCAGUGCUUCCUUUGUGUUGGAAACAAUAAAAUGGCUUCACUGGCUGGCUGUGCCGUG